CGAAAGUGUUUCCCUCGUCACAACAAACAUCGCCGGAAAGUCUUGCAGCGUUUGUCGGUCGUCUCAAAACAACAACAUGGACGACUCUAUCAAAUCCGCACCACAGACGGAGAAGCCAUUCAAGGUUGGCGAAGCAGACUCAUCGAUCCACGACAGUGAUACCGAGAAGCAAGAUGUCAAGGUCGGACAGACGGUGCAGCUGCAGCGACGACUGCAAUCUCGUCACUUGCAGAUGAUUGCCAUUGGAGGAACGAUCGGAACUGGUCUCUUCAUCGGAUCUGGCGGCGCUCUGGCGAAAGCAGGCCCUGCGGGUGCCCUCAUCGCCUACAUAUUCGUCGGCACUCUGGUCUACUCCGUCAUGGUUGCUCUCGGUGAGAUGGCUACAUACAUUCCAAUCUCGGGCGCCUUCACUGUCUAUGCCGCACGCUUUGUCGACCCUAGCUUGGGCUUCGCUAUGGGUUGGAUGUACUGGUUCUCCUGGGCCAUCACCUUUGCCCUCGAACUCACUGCCAGUGGUCUGAUCAUCCAGUACUGGGCUCCGGAUCUCAACAUCGGCAUCUUCAUCGGCGUCUUCUUCGUGGUCAUCACCGCUCUGAACUAUCUCCCGGUCUCCUUUUACGGGGAAGUCGAGUUCUGGUUCGCACUCAUCAAGGUCGUCACAGUGCUGGGCUUCUUGAUCUUCGCCAUCUGCAUCGACGCUGGAGCAGGACAGAACGGAUACCUUGGUUUUGAGACAUGGCGCAACCCUGGUGCUUUCGCUCCAUACUUGGUUGAAGACAACGCGGCCCUCGCCAAAUUCGUCGGAUUCUGGGCAGUCCUUAUUCAGGCAGGGUUCUCCUACCAGGGAACUGAGCUUGUCGCCAUCGCCGCUGGUGAAACCGAGAACCCUCGCAAAACAGUCCCGGCUGCUAUCAAGAAGACGUUCUACAGGAUCUUAUUCUUCUUCGUGUUCACGGUCUUCUUCCUCGGACUGCUCAUUCCAUACGACAACGAACAACUUCUGAACGACAGCACUGAUGCAUCCGCGUCACCAUUGGUCAUCGCUGCCAAGCUGGCGGGUGUCAAGGUCUUGCCUGGGAUCAUCAACGCCGUUCUGCUUUGCGUUGUACUCUCCGCCGCCAACUCGAACGUCUAUUGCGGAUCUCGUAUCCUCGUGGGUCUCGCGGAGUCAGGCUCUGCGCCAAAGUGGUUCCUUCGCACGACUAAGAGUGGAGUACCAUGGAUCGGCGUGACCUUCACGGCCGCCUUCGGCCUUCUCGGCUUCUUGAACGAGAGCAACAAUGCCGCAACAGUCUUCGGCUGGUUGCUCAACAUCACCGCAAUCGCGGGUUUCAUCAGCUGGACUUGCAUCAACAUCGCACACAUCGCAUUCAUGAAAGCAUUGGCCGCCCGUGGCCAGUCUCGCGACACUCUCCCAUACAAGGCCUUCUGGCAGCCAUGGUUCAGCUGGUAUGGGGUGUUUUUCAAUGUGCUGAUCAUCCUCACCAAUGGUUUCACGGCCUUUAUCCCAUGGAACACAUCGGACUUCUUCGUGGCGUACAUCAGCGUGUUGUUAUUUAUCGUGCUCUAUACCGGGCACAAACUUGUGACUCGGUCGAAGUUCAUCAAGCCAAUCGAGGCGGACCUGGACAGUGGCCGCAAGGAGAUUGACGAAAUGCAUUUCGACUACGUGGAGCCAAAGGGUCCAUGGCAAAAGUUCUGGGCGUGGAUGGGAUGA